GUAUAUCGUUAAACUAAAUGAAAUAACAUUGUAAAGUAAAAUAUUUUUUCUCAUAUUUAAACCAAAAAUAAUAAUUCAAAAUGAUGGAAUACGAGUACGAGAUCGACCCCAGGGGUCUUCAAGGCAAGCCAGGAUCAGUGACUCUAAGGAAAGACAAACAGAAUCUAAUUGGAAUAAGUAUUGGUGGUGGUGCUCCUUUAUGUCCUUGCUUAUACGUCGUACAGGUCUUUGAUAAUACUCCAGCAGCUAAAGAUGGAGUUUUGCAAGCUGGAGAUGAAAUUGUAGGAGUAAAUGGGAAGUCUUUACGAGGAAAGACUAAAGUUGACGUGGCUCGAGCGAUCCAAGCUGUGAAAGAGGAAGUUUGUAUAAAUUAUGUCAAACUUCAUGCUGACCCAAAAGAAGGCAAAAGUCUUGAUAUCAUAAUGAAGAAAAUGAAGCAUCGCAUGGUAGAAGGCAUGAGUUCUUCAACGGCUGAUGCUCUUGGACUUAGCAGGGCUAUUCUUUGUAAUGAUGGGCUAGUCAAAAAGCUUGAUGAAUUAGAACAGAACUCAAAUGUCUACAAAGGUUUAGUGGAUCAUGUUCGGCAGUAUUUACACAGUUUUUACCAGCUUGCACAAACUAACAAAGAGCUUGGUGAUAUAUUUGCUUCUAUUGGAGUCAGAGAGCUUCAACCUAAUGCCAGUGAGGCAUUUGCUAUAUUCAGUGAUGCUCACAGAAAUUUUGAAAAACUGGGAAUGGAUUUCUUGAAAAAAGUGAAGCCAAUGCUUACAGACCUCAACACGUAUCUUUGUAAGGCCAUUCCAGACACAAGAUUAACUAUUAAGAAAUAUGCUGAUGCAAAGUUUGAAUAUCUGUCCUAUUGUCUGAAAGUAAAGGAAAUGGAUGAUGAAGAAUAUGCAUAUGCCGCACUUCAUGAAUCACUUUAUCGUGUUGAGACAGGAAACUAUGAUUACAGAGUUGUACUGAGAUGUAGACAGCUUGCAAGAGAGAGAUUUGCCAAGCUUAGACAAGAUGUUCUUAUCAAACUAGAACUGCUGGACCAAAAGCACGUUCAAGAUAUUGUGGUUCAACUUCAACGCUUCGUGUCUGCUGUCGCCGUUUAUCAUGACAGUGCGUACUCUGUACUGAAGGAUGCCAACGUGUUUCCUAUCGAGGUUGAUCUGACGCGAGGAGCCCUUGGAAGCACGCUAAAAUAAUACAUCAAAUUCCUCUAUCUUCUAUUGCCCCCGCCCCGCUCCGCUGCAGCCCUAAGUCUCACUCACUAAGCAUUCCAACAUUAAUGAUCGCGAUAAUGCUGGAUUGUUUAGAGUUUCAUGUGAGAUGAUAAGUUGCCUCUUGCCAACCAUUCAUGAUCUAGACAUAUUUAUCUCAAUUUGGGACCAUUUAAUUUAGAAGGAUUUCUUUCUUUUAGUUGGCCAGGUUUUGGAGAAUAAUGGCUUCACUUAGUAUUUAUCAUUUGAAGAAGCAUUGUUUAGUUACUCUAUUUUGCUUACUCUACCGCCGAGGGAACGGCUUUGCUCUCUUUUUUUAACUGAAUGGUCCUUGAGCGAUCAUAUCAAUUCCUGGUUUAAUAGGGAUAAGGUCAAAACAAUAAAUACCCGAUUUAAAGGGGAGAGUUGGGUUGGUACCCUACACCUCUUAAGGCGCGAUUACACAGAGCAAUUUUCUCUGCAACUUGUCUUGCAACAGCGUUGAGACACAAGUUGCAAGAGUGUUUAGACGAUGUAGCGAAGAAGCAAUCGUUGCCAAAAAUAGAUACUUGUU